CAUGAUCAUCCAAUCAGAGAGCAGUUCUGGGCUUUGGGCGGGGCUUGGCUUCCUGUGGAUUGGUUGAGAAGUGAAAUGUUUUGUUGUUUUUCAGUGUUUUUAAAGAUUGAUUUGUCUUUGAGGUAGAGAUCCAGUUUUCUGAGGUAUGUGUUGCGGAACUUCUGUACUGACUUUUGGUAACGUUUUAAGCUUUUAAAAAACGUAUGUGGCCAAAUAAAUUUCCAAUCUGUUGGGGGGUUGAGUCCUCUCGCGAACUGGACAGAAUGGACUGCGGUGGAAACAGAACGUAAUGAAAGAGAACGAGGGAGAAGAAGGAUUUGAUGGUCUGAAGGAGGAUCAGUUUCAUCGCCACACAAGUCCCUCAACAUUUUAAUGUCUUUUUCAUUUGUGUUGAUUUUAAAUGCAUCAGUCAAGCCUUUAGUGUGUUUUUAUUUAAUCAUGCCUCUCGAUCUGGACUGUGACGCUGCGGCGAAAGAAAUGAGUCCAGAGACGGAACAGGAAGUGUGUGAGGUCACACAGGAAGAGAGUGUGAUGGACACACCGACACGAAGAGUCGGUCGACCCGCUCGGAAACGCAAAGCUUCAAUGGUGGAUAGUUGUGGGCGUGUGAUUGAGGGUGUGGCCUGUAUGAAGCAGGCAGGGUGUAAUGGCGAAAUGGAGAGGUGGAUUUCACAGAAAAAUGUUGUGCAGAAUGAAUCCUCCUCUGACUCCACCCAUCACAAUGGCUCUGACAUGCCCCCUGGACCAGAUGAAGACUCCGCCCCUUCCACUCCGCUGAAGAAACGAGGGCGACGGAAACUUAAGCACCCAGAGCAACAUGUGGAGGACGACGACACCGGUAGUGACACCAGCAGAGGAGAGAGUGACGGGGGCCUUCUGAGGGCCCGACAGGGCUUGGACAUCAGUCUGAGGAGACGACCCAUACAGAGAGAGACCUUCCAGGCUGGAGACCCUUAUCACAUCAGCCGCAAAGAAAGAGAGGAGUGGCUCGCCCGCUGGAGGAAAGAGAAGGAGGACGAAACCCACCUGGGGACUGUCAUGAAUGACACAAUGGAUGACCAAUCAACAAUGGGCUUCCAGAAAGAGGAGGAGGAGUCAGCCAACAACCUCCCAUCCACGGCCACACCCCAACAGCAGCACACUGACCCCGCCUCCCCAUCGGUUGCUACGACACCCGAGCUGCCUCCUGUCACCUGCGUUAACAAAGUGAUUGCGCGAGCUAGAGAGAUGGACAUGGAAUAUGAGGAUGGCCGUGGGUUCGGCAUCGGAGAGCUCAUCUGGGGGAAGUUACGGGGAUUCUCCUGGUGGCCCGGACGGAUUGUGUCGUGGUGGAUAACGGGUCGCAGUCGAGCGGCUGAAGGAACGCGUUGGGUCAUGUGGUUUGGAGAUGGCAAAUUUUCAGUGGUGUGUGUGGAGAAGCUGUCCCCCUUGAGUUCAUUUUGCACUUCUUUCCAUCAGCCCACCUACAACAAACAGCCCAUGUACAGAAAAGCCAUCUAUGAAGUUUUACAGACGGCGAGCACACGUUCUGGUAAACCGUUCCCCAUGUGUGUGUCCACGGAUGACUCUGAAUCUGGGAAGAGUGUGGAACUGCAGACGAGGCAGAUGAUUGAAUGGGCCAGUGCUGGAUUCCUCCCGUCUGGAGCCAAAGGCCUGGAACCGCCACCAGCUGAGCGGAACCCGUAUACUGAGGUGUAUCCAGAGAUGUGGGUGGAGCCUGAGGCUGCUGCAUACACAGCUCCGCCUCCAGCCAAGAAACCCAGGAAGAACAGCAUUGAGAAACCCAAAAUCAAAGAGAUUAUAGACGAGGGAACCAGAGAGCGACUUGUGAACGAGAUCAGACAGAAAUGUCGCAAUAUUGAAGAUGUCUGUAUUUCCUGUGGAAGUCUGAACGUGUCACUUGAACACCCUCUUUUUGUUGGAGCCAUGUGCCAGGGCUGCAAGAACUGUUUCCUGGAGUGUGCAUAUCAGUACGAUGAUGACGGAUAUCAGUCGUACUGCACCAUCUGCUGUGGGGGAAGAGAGGUGCUCAUGUGUGGAAACAACAACUGCUGCAGGUGUUUCUGUGUGGAGUGUGUGGAUCUGCUUGUGGGCUCUGGUUCAGCACAGACAGCGAUUCGUGAAGACCCCUGGAACUGUUACAUGUGCUGCAGCAAAAAUGUGUUCGGCCUACUGAGACGGAGAGAUGACUGGACCUCACGCCUGCAGCAUUUCUUCGCCAACAACCAUGACCAGGACUUUGAGCCUCCAAAGUUGUAUCCUCCAGUAGCAGCAGAGAAGAGACAGUCAAUCAGAGUGCUCUCUUUAUUUGAUGGCAUCGCUACAGGGCUGCUGGUGUUGAAGGAUCUGGGCAUACAGGUAGAGCGGUAUGUGGCGUCAGAGGUGUGUGAAGACUCCAUCACAGUUGGGAUGGUGCGACACCAGGGACGAAUUACGUAUGUGGGAGACGUCAGAAACGUCACACGCAAACAUAUUCAGGAGUGGGGACCGUUUGAUCUUGUGAUUGGUGGAAGUCCUUGUAACGAUCUGUCUAUUGUCAACCCGGCCAGGAAAGGACUAUAUGAGGGCACAGGUCGUCUGUUUUUUGAGUUUUACCGGCUGCUUCAUGAAGCUCGGCCCAAAGACGGAGACAACAGACCGUUCUUCUGGCUGUUUGAAAAUGUUGUUGCUAUGGGAGUCAGUGACAAAAGAGACAUUUCACGCUUUCUAGAGUGUAAUCCAGUCAUGAUUGAUGCUAAGGAAGUGUCUGCUGCUCACAGAGCUCGAUACUUCUGGGGCAACUUACCUGGAAUGAACAGGCCGCUAACUGCCAUGGCAAAUGACAAGCUUGACCUACAAGACUGUCUUGAACAUGGACGCACAGCCAAGUUUGGCAAAGUGCGAACCAUCACGACUCGUUCAAACUCCAUAAAACAGGGCAAAGAUGAGCACUACCCCGUCUACAUGAAUAAUAAAGAGGAUAUCCUGUGGUGCACAGAGAUGGAGAGAGUUUUCGGCUUUCCCAUUCAUUACACAGACGUCUCCAACAUGAGUCGUCUCGCCAGGCAAAGGCUUCUGGGAAGGUCAUGGAGCGUGCCUGUCAUUCGCCACCUCUUCGCUCCACUGAAGGAUUACUUUGCCUGAGUCUGACACUCCGCCCUCCAAAUGUCAUUAUGUCCCUCCCCUUCCUUAUAUACAUAUCCAAAAAUCUCCACCCUCUUGUGUUCCUGUUGCUAGUGGCCUGUGAACAGCUGGUGCUAUUCUGAUAUUAACCCACUAGACAGCCACACUUCAGCUAUUUAUUUGAAGAAAUAACUGAGUCCACAUUUUUAUCUCUUAUUUUAUCUUUUUUUGUAUUUUCUUGUCCGUUGUUUCAGGGUUUUGUUUUUUUGAUGUCAUGUUCCACCUCUGAUGACUCUUUCUCUCUCUCACACACAACUGACUGAAAAUCGCUAGUUAGGUAGGUAGGUUAGCCCUGUUCCCUGAUGUUAAAUCUAACGUUGCACUGUGUCCUAACCAGGAAUGACGACAAUUUUCAAAAUUACAUUUUCUGUCCUCACUUAAAGCGAAAUCUUGCUGCGAAGCAACAAGCCAGUCAGAACUUAUUUGAUGUUUAAAAUACGGGUGAAUCUCAUGAAAUCUGUCAUGAAAAUAUCAAACACAGUUUUUCUUUAUGACAAUGAAGCCUCCUUUUAGGAACAUUACAUUUUAGCAUUGUGACUAUUUAAUGACAAUUAAACACAUUUUUCUUGUUCUUGUUACCUUAAUGCAAAAAUGUAAUAAUUUACAAAUUGCAAGGUAUUUUUUUAUGUCAUUUUAGUAUUUGUUACUGUCUAAUUUAUGCAUAUUUUAAUACUAAAAGUGUGUACAGUAUUUCUGGGUCACAUUUCAGCUUAAAAUCAAAGGAAAAAAUAAGACAUUAUAUUUUUUAUAAAGACGAUGAAGCCUCUUUUUAGGAAGAUACUUUGCAUUUUGACAUUAUUUUCAUGACAAUUUAACCAAAUUCUCAGUACUAUUAUGUGGGAUAAAAAUCUCAUUAUUGUUACCAAAAUGUGAAAUAAAUUUUUAUUUUUAUUUUUUUUUAUUAUGUAAAUUGCAAAGGAUUCCUCAUGGUAGAAUUUGUUCUACUGCAUUUAUGUUGAUAAAAAAAAUCUAAUAUAAUUAAUAAAUAAAAUAAAUAAAUUAACAUUAAAAAUAAUUAUAUUCACUAGUACUUUAAUUGCAAUAAAGUACAAAAGAAAACUGUAAAAAUGACUAAUGCGAAUCUAAUGAUGAGAAUCGGCAUUUAAAAACUGAAAACGUACAACAUCCAGAUGUGUUGCAAUAAUGAGAAUUUGGGGGGAAAUGUGUGUCUUAAUGGUCCUAUGGUUCCAAAUAUAAUUUUGUAUUUUUUCUAUUGAUUUUGGUGGAAUAUAACAUAUAUAACAAUUUAACUUGUUCAUGAAAUUCACCCAUUCAGCUAUGUGGAUUUGAUUUUGGACCAAUGAGAUUUAACUAUUAGAAACCAAGGGGAAAAUUGUCAUCACGGCUGGUUAGGAUAACAGAUCUCAGAUCAACAUUUAAGAGAUGUGAUUCAUCGUGCUUUAUUGUGUCAUUAUUAGGAAACGGUAUAGAACAUGUACACAAACAUUCAUUUUCACACAUACAUGAGAGAGAGAAGAUGUGCAUGAAGAAUCAACAGUUCACUGUUUACUGAUGAUUGUACGGUACUACUAAACUACAGUAACUAUUCAUUCUAAAAUCAACUAACUCAACUAUGGUGCUCUCUCUCUCUCUCUCUCUCUCUCUCUCUCUCUCUCUCUCUCUCUCUCUCUCAGCAAUACCAACGCAACAUAUGAGGCCUUACUGUUGGGAGCCUAUAGUGCACAUACAUUGAGAGAGCUCUAUUACACACUCAUUCUCAUCCUCUCACACUGGAAAUUUAAAGGGGUAGUUGACACAAAAAAUGUAAAAUUUGUAUCAUUUAUUCACUCUUCCUGUAUGUUCGCUGUUGUCUUGAUGCAAUAUUCCUCCAUCAAACAGACGGCAAAAUCAAACCUUCCACAUAUAGACACAGCUGGAUUGAUUUCCAUAGGAUUCUCCAAAAUCUUGCUGUUUUUAGGGAAUACUUAUCCAGAUACCACCACUUCAACUGUACUUCAGCGUGUGUGUGUGUGUGUGUUCAGUGAGGUAUCAGGGAUGUUGUUGCAUGUUUCUACUGUUGGUGCGUUAACUCGAUAGUGCUGCGGAUAUUCCAUGGUGCACACUCAUGGUGCUUUGCUCUCUUUCCCACUCUUUCCUAACUUGUGUUCUGCUUUUGGUUCAGUUUGGCAAUGUUCACACUGCAGUUCAAUGUGGCCCAAAUCUGAUGUUUUAACAUAACACCUGAAAGCCAUUUAUUGCACACAAAAAAAAGCUGUUGAAGACACAAAAGCGCUGAUUGCAUGUAAGCUGUGUGCUAUUUUCUACAUUAUACAUGCAGCUCGGUAAGUAAGCAGCUUACUACACACCAACUUAAUGUAGCUGGUGUACGUAAAUAACAAACUUGGCAUCUGAGGACAGCUUUGCAUUUUUUGUUCUUUGUUGAUUUGCUUUAUAUCCUGAUGUCCCACAGUUGCACAUUACACGUCCAUUGUGACCUGCCGCAGCAUUUUGCUGCAAUAGUGGGGUUACAUGUGCGCGCUUUAUAAACUAUAAGCUGCUUAUACGUUUACUUGACCACUUAAGGCGCAUUCUCUGGGAGAAACCAAGGUGUGUUUUAACUACUUUCUCUUAACGUGUAUCUUAAAAGCGUGAACAACAUCGCAACAUUUUUUAUUUGAGCAGAAAAUCGGAUUUGAGCACUUUGGAUUGCGGGUGUGAACAUCGACUCUCUCGCUGAACUGUGAAUAAGGAUCAGAUCAGUGUUGGGUCCACAUUCUAAUCUUUACAAUUCUAGCAAUCUGAUAGUUUGGUGUAUUCUGUGUUCCUCUCUCUGGAUUCUGGGAAAGUGGCCCAUCUGUGUGAUGUCAUAAAAGGUGGUCACAUGGUGCUCCCAGAAUUCCACAACACUGUGGUAGGCGGGGCAUCUUUUGCAGCCUGAUCUCAUAAAAAACGUGGCUGUGGCUACAUUUUUAUUAAAUAGCAAUACGUGGUUCAUUACAUGUAUCACGGCGGUUCCGGUGUGAAAUGUCCACUGUGUGGCGCUAAAAGAGAGUUAAAUAUUCUCCCAAACAGAUGAGGUUAAGGUUAAUACUCUAUAGAGUUUAAAACCAACAAAACCGACCUCCCAAUCUUAAACAUGGUUAAAAAAAACUAAACAAAUGCAAGAUGAAAAACAUUCUUUGCAUCACAAGUGUAAUUUGAUCGCACUUGUACGAGCUUGUACAAGUUAAACAAACCUUGCCUUGCAAGUCAUGUGCCAUAGUAAAAGUGUUUAGGUGUCAUAAGAGAGCAUUGUUUGAAAAACAGAGCGAAAAGUAAGUGUUUAUGAACUGAUAAUCUGCCGUUUUACUCAUGAUUUGUGCAAAAGGCAAUAGAAGUCGUUGUUGUAGCACCACUAGGGUUCAUUUCACCAGGAAACUGCUGCAGUAUGUGCCACGUUAAAAACAUUUAGUAAAAAUGUAGGCAAAUUAAUUUGAUUCUGUGACAUUUUUGCUCUUUUGAUGUGAUUUCACUCAUGAAUUUCACAUAAACUGGAUUACUCUACAACUCUACAAACCAUACUGUUUUAUAAUCCUUUUUCCAAUCUGAAGUGAACAAGACUCUGGUGCUGACAGAGAUGCUCGAAAAUUGAAUGUUUUUGUAUGGAUUUGUAUAAUUGGGCCUCGCUAGAGUGGAAGAGUGUAUAAAGACCACAAUUCUUUUGUUUUUGUUCUGUUUAUGUAAUCAAACAGGCACAUUGGUUGUUAUAUUAUUUGAGUAUUGAUCAUUGCAUUGGAAAAUAUGCAUUGAACGCAAGUUAACCAGCUCAUUACCUGAAUAUUGUAUGCUUUUAUUUGAAGUUUUUCAUCUCAAUGCAGAUUCAAACCUUAAUGGUUAUAUGGCAUAUGUUGAAAUAUGCUUUUGGCCCACUGCUUGUUGUAACUCUUUGAUUUAGCUCAUGUUGAGAAGCUGACUUUAUGGGAAAACAUAAUGCCAUUUGGACAUUUAGGAGUUCAGAUUUUUGCUUGCCAGUAGUUCAGAAUUGAAAACGUAAUUUACAGUAUAUAUAAUUAACAGAAAUUCAUGAUUGCACAAUUCGAACGCAAAAUUCUAAAAAAAAUGUUUUUAUAUAUUUUGACUAGAUUGAAUAUUCUUUAUGCUACCAGUAAGAGUAUUGUAUUAUCAGCUUUGUUAAGCACGUUUUAUCAUGUUUAAAUCCAUUUCCAAGAAUUACAUCUCAGAUCUGGGGCUGGAUAUGACUUACAGACACAAUGCUGCCAAUUUUUGGAGCCAUACCACAUGUGCAUAGUUUGUAUGGUUUUGAAGAUAAUUGGUGAUGUAAUUCAUUGCUAUUAAAAUACAUUUUGCUUUGAAAACACAUUUUAAUUUUACCCCCCACCCCCCAAUAUUAUGUAGAGGGAGAACUAGUGGUGCUUGCACGCAAGCCAGCAAAGGUUUAGCUGCUGGGUCCAGUUCAUGACGGUUGAUAAGGAACAUAUAAUAGCAACAGACUCCUUCAGCAGAUUCGUUGUGGCACUGUGCUAGGUCGAACCGCUCGUAGCCUUAUAGUCUUUUUGUGUUUGUUUGGUGAAGGCUGGUAAGUCCUGUAAUGCAACGUGAGGUUUGGUUGUAAUUAGUCAAGAUUUCAGUGGUAAAUGAAUUGUAGAUAAGUUUGCCUUUUUUAGCAUUUUAUUAAAUUUUGUGUGCUGGGUGUUUUUAAAUUCGUAUAGAGUAAUUCUGACGUAAUUAUUGGCUUGUGUAUGAUUAUAUGCAUGCUGUUAUAAUAAUGGGGUGUGGUCAAAGGCGGAGCUGUGAGCCAGUGAUAUCGAGGGACGUGUCCAAUUAAUGCAAUGAGCAGAGAAUUCUUUUGUAUUUAUGAACUUUGGGAAGAUGAUUGACAGGUGAUACAUUUGAGAGUGAACCGAUAACAUGGUGGGUUCUUGUGCAAAGUUAUUUUAGGAAUAAAAUCUUUAAAGAAAGACAGUGAAGGCGUUUCAAAAAGGUGCUAUACAAUUUUAUUCUUAAAUAAUAAAUGAUAAAAUAAUGAUGUGAAUCUAUAUCGUUGGCAUUUAAGAUUUGACUGGUCUUGACAAUGACUGUUUUAUGUUGUGUAGUCUUGAAAAAGCACUAUUAUUUUACUCUUUUAUGAAUAUAUUUGCAAAGCCAUUUUAACUUUGUACUUGAUGAAAAUGUAAAAGUAACAACAACAAAAAAAAAGAAUAAAAAUGUACAGAUUCAUGUGUUUUAGUCUAUAGACAUUACUGUAGUAUGUGCCUCUCAGUAAGAAAAAUGUUUGCUGGAUUCACAUGCUGCCUUCAAGUCACAUUGGAAUGAUCAUACGGGACAAGUGCAUCUGAACGGCACCACAAUAUCGUAAUUACCAGUGUGAUUUUCUCCAAGCCCUUUUAAUGUCAAUUAAAGAAUCAUGGUAGAAGAAA